UACUCCAGCCUGAGUGACAGAAGGAGACUCUGUCAAAAAAAAGGGAAGGGGAGGGGAGGAGAAGGGAGGGGAUCGUGGUCCCAUGAACAGUGAGCCCUGUGGGUGGAGUUGGCUCUGGUUCUCAGUGUGAACAAGCCCCACUGCUCCCCACUGCUCCUAACAGGGUAGGGGGCAAAGAAGGUGCACAGACAGAUGUUCCCUGCAGUUUUCCCAUCAUGAAGCUGCAGGUGAGCUAACCUGUGUGCAUGCAGAGGGUGGCACUGGAGGGCGCAUCCCUUCUGGAAGGACACAGGAUACCUCUUUCCAACGUACAACCCUUGGUGCUAUUUGUGCCUCCACUUCCUUUUCAACAUAGUAACACUGGUUUAGGAGCCAUUGGUCUGCCCUGCUGGAGCCCCUCAGGGGGGAUGCCCGGGAGAGCCAGAGCCCAGGUGGGGCAGCCCUUGAGACUCCCGGGAGGAGACCACCUGAGGGCAGGCUGCGCAGGAGGCUCACUGGGCCCUGGAGCUGCCGUGGCAGAGAGAGCUCUUCUGGGUUCUGGGUGAGGGUGGGUGUUGCCAAUAUAAAUUGGGAGGGACCGUGCAGGGGACAAGGCCACAGAGGGGGACAGUGCCAGCUCCUACAGGGCUCUGCGUGUCAGACUCAGGAUUGUGUCUCCUGCCCACUCAGCACCUCUAAACCUGACUCCUUCCAGCCAGCCCCCAGCCCUCCCUGAGCCUUGCUGGCAUCUAGCCUGGAAGGGUGCCCCAGGCCUGAACUUUUGACACUUCCUUUUCCCGGUCCACCCAGGAAGCUGCUCAAAUAGAGGAAUUCCUCUUUUGGAGGCAAAAAAAAGAAAUGAGGCCGUCCCAUACGAGUGUGCCCUGCCCCGGGCUUGGCCACAGCCUCCCACAUGGGACCUGGGGACUCCUGCCCCGAAGCAGAGGACGGGGCAGGGGUGAGAGGAUGGAGGAGAAGCCACCAAGAGCAGAGCGGGUGGGGCUGUGUACAGGCAGGGUGUCCCUGGGUGCAGGGGAGAGGCCCCCAGUGCUGCCCCUGUGGCACCUCACUGUGGCUUGGGGCCAGCGGGGAGCCCAGCCUGUGUUGGUAGAAGGCCCUGGCUUCCACCCACAACCAUGCCAGGACACUGCCUGGCGCUGCAGGGGCUGGAAAACCACAGCUCCCUUUCCCAGGGGCCCUGGAGCCUAGGGGCGACCUCUAUUUCCUGAAUGUGGAAGGCAAGAAUCCAGGCAAGGCACCUACUUCUCGGCUGGCCACACGGGGUCCUGGCUCAUGGGGCUUCCUGGCCACAGGCCACCUGGCAAAGGUAUACACAUGCACAGGCCCCGCCCACCACCUCCCUGAUGAGCAGUGGCUCCGCCCACCACCUCCCUGAUGAGCAGUGACUCCGCCCACCGCCUCCCUGAUGAGCAGUGGCUCCGACCACCGCCUCCCUGAUGAGCAGUGGCUCCGCCCACUGCUCAUGAUGAGCAGUGGGCAUGGGGUCUCAUUCCAGGAGUCUUUCUUCAAGGCCCAUUGAGAGCCAUCAGAAGACAUUACUUGCAAGUGACCCUUGAGGGUCAGAUUCUGGAGCUGGUCAUCCAACCUCUGAGGGUCCCAUCAGCCGAGAAGAUGAACAGCAACAAAUCAGCUUCCAAAUCCCUCCCCUGGGAUGAGGUGGCCAUGGAAGGUGAGGCUUUGGGGACAGCUGCACUUCAUCAUAAAGGCAAGAAGGGGGAAGGCAAGAGCAGAGGCCAGAAGCCACCUCCAAUGAACCUCAGCACUUGCAGAGAGAAUGACAAAGUUGGGGGUUUUACUGUUUGGUGCAAGAUGCAGCCAAGGACGGAACAUGUCUGCUAGUGGCAGAAAAGGAAGACAGAGACUGAAGCCGGAGGAGGAUGCAGUGUGCGUGGCUGACUGGCAGGCAGAGGGGUCACCUAAGGAGGACUGGAGGCCCUAGGGCAGAGAGUAGCCUCUGCAGAUGCCAGCAAGGAAACAGGGACAUCAGCCCUGUGACCUCAAGGACGCGGAUUCUGCCAGUGCCUGAGUGAGCCUGGACGAAGAUUCCUUCUGGAACCUCCAGGUUGGAGUCCAGCCCCACCACACCUUGACUGUGGCCUGUGGGACCCUGAGCAGAGAGCCCAGCUGAACUCACGUGACAAGAAAGACCGCAGCUAAAAAUGAGUGUUGUUUUAAGCCACUACGUGUAGGGUGAUUUGCUACCCAGCAAUAGACGCUAGUGCAGCUUGAGGCUCUGAUGAAACUGGUGGCCACGUUGAACGGGCCCACAUGGCCGGGAGCUGAGGGCGGCCUCCACCAACAGACAGUGAGGAACAGAAUUUGGCCAACUCCACACCAGUUUAGAAGCAGGUCCUCCCCAAGCUGAGCCUUGAGAUGAUUAUGGCUCAGCCAAAGCCUGCACUGAAGCCUGGGAGUGACCCAGCAGCAACAUGAAGCCAUGCCCAGACUCUGAAACAGAAACAGUGAUGCAGUAAGUGUGGGCAGCCACAGGAUACUGACUGACCGCAGGGCGUGAGCAGACACAGAACACUGGGUACUGAUGGGACACCAGAGGACCAUGGACAGACCCUGGGUAGCACGGGACAUGGCAGACCAUGGCACCUGAGCUCCCAUCCCACCCUGGGUACCAUCCGACCCACUGACCUGUCAGCAGAAACUGCCAGGGACCAGAGUGUGGCCUCUCUUCACUGCAGCCCUCCCCCACCAGAGUGCCUCUACGAGAUAGACUUGAAUCUUCACUCCGGCCCAUGGAGAGGGAUCUGGGGAAGGUCCUGGAGAAAGGCCUCACAGCAGGGGUCCAGUGUGCCCAGAAAAGAGGCAGUGGUGUGGGAGCAGGUGCAAGGGCCCCAUCUGAUCCCUGGAUCACAGUUCAGGGGUAAUUUCUUGAAGUCAGCAGCUCCAGUGGCAGCCUGACAAUUCCUCAGUUUAGUGGCAGCAUUACUGUGGGUGGAGGUCAUCCCUGGAGGCUGUCUCUGGUCACACAUUGAGCCCUGAUCCUAGUUACACACUGAUCCCAAUCCAAGUCACAAGCUGAACUCUGACAUUUGUCACAUGCUGAGCCCUGCUCCCAAUCACACACUAAGCCUUGAUCCUGGUCACAAGCUGAGCCCUGACAUUUGUUACAUGCUGAGCCCUGCUCCUAAUCAUACACUGAGCCCUGAUCCUAGUCACAAACUGAGCUCUGACAUUUGUUACAUGCUAAGCCCUGCUCCUGAUCACACACUGAGCCUUGAUCUUAGUCACAAGCUGAGCUCUGACAUUUGCUACAUGCUGAGCCCUGCUCCUGAUCCUGAUUACAAGCUCAGCCCUGGCAUUUGUUAUGUGCUGAGCCCUGUUCCUGAUCACACAUUGAGCCCUGAUCCUGAAUACAAGCUGAGCUCUGACAUUUGUUACAUGCUGAGCCCUGCUCCUGAUCACACACUGAGCCCUGAUCCUAGCCACAAGCUGAGCUCUGACAUUUGUUACAUGCUGAGCCCUGCUCCUGAUCACACACUGAGCCCUGAUCUUAGUCACAAGGUGAGCCUUCCUCCUGAUCACACAUUGACUCUGAUCCUGGUCAUGUGCUGAGCUCUGACAUUUGUAAUAUGCUGAGCCCUGAUCUUAAUAAUACACUGAUCCCGGAUUCUGGUCACACACUGAGCCCUGACCCAGAAGUUCCUAGUGGAACUGAGGAGGGAAGGGUGUGGUCUUCUCGAAACACAGUCCUCCCAAACAAAGCCAGCCCAGACCCUGGCUAGGCCACAUUUUUCCACACCCCAAUCAGGCAGCUGCAACUUUGCAGAAAGGCUUAGCCUGGAUCUCUCCAUUGGGGGUCAGGCAGAAAUUCUAGGAGGAGCUGGAUGCCUGGGGGCCAGGCGUGUGUUCUGGGUAGAAGGCACAGGUGGGGCCCCUGGGUCUGAGGACAGGAAGGAGCUGGGCCAUGCCAUGUCAGAGGAAUUGGGUCAGGCCUCAAGAGGAACCCAGGGUGUGUAGGGUGGGGUGUCUAAUCCAGUUAGCUGCACCCAGCAUCAAUGGCCAAUUGCAGCGUGGCUGAGUGGCACCAUGCAAAACCAGACAGGCUUGCUGCUGUUCGGCCUUCACCCAGCCCUGGCUGGGCGGCCUUGCCUAAGUCAAUUACUUCUCAGAGCCAUAGUUCCCUUAUGCAAAAUAAAUGCAUUAGCACUGUGCACUUCUGGAGCUGCAGUGAGGAAAAGUGAGAUCCACUAGGCUAAGUCUCUGACACAAGUGGGAUGCUAGGGAAUCCUGGGUGCCCCGCUCACCACCCCUGCACACUCCGCCCCCACCUAGUGCUCAGGGAGACACAGGCUCUCUCAGUCGCUGGGGCAAAGACCAGAUCCCAAACAGAGCUGAUCCAGCAGGAAAACCCAGGGACCCCAAAAGGGCCAUGGCAAGGAGGGGGUGCGGGCAGGUGAGUGCAGUCUACCAAAGACAGAAUUUCAACCAAUGGGGCAGGAGAAGGAAGGGCAUUCCUGGCAGUGGGAACAGCAGGAGCGAAGACCAGGAGUGGGUGGGAUUUAGGCGCUCGGGCUGAAGAGCUCCAGUGUGAGUCUCGGCAUAGCUGACAUCAUGGCCUUGAUGGCCAGGGCCCAGGAAGACGCAGGCUGCUUGUCAUGCAUCCGUCCCCCCACCCCCACACGCUACACACUGGCAGCAGCAGGACUGGGAGCAGGAGGUGGCAGGAUCACAGACCAGACACAACCUGGGGAGGCUGGUGCAGGCACUCUGGGGGGAUGUCCAUAGGGGGAGCGGGGAGCUGAGCUGGAGAUGGCCUGAGUCAUCCCAACCCAAAGUCACUGUCCCCUGUCUGAGCCCGGGGCAAGGAACUUUCCCUCAGUUUCCUUACCUGCAAGCAGGCGGUAAGCCCUGCCUGAGGGCAGCCUUAUCAGAAGGUUAGAGAUGAAGGUGUCCAGCUGGCAGGUGGCUGGGGGCAUGGGAUUAGCGCCCCCAAGGGACCCCAGCUCCUCCCCACCCCACUCUCCAUCCAGGACCUUCUCUGCUGACCCAGUAGUUUUUGGCGUUUGUCUCCUUAAGCCUCUGAGCAAACCGUGUAGCUGACUGUCUGGGUGGCAGUUCAGUCCCAGGCCCCCAGUACCCAGCCUGACCACCCAAAGGAGCUGGGAGGUGGGACCAAGGUCCUCCUGGGAAGAUUCCAGCCCAGAAUCUGGGAAGAUCCAGCACACGGAUCUGCCCUGGAACACAGAUGACCUGAGGCAGGAAGGAUCCCUGAGGAGCCAGCAGCAGAGAGUGGCCCACCACCCUUCCCUGUCCCCUUCCAGGCCGUCUGGGGGGGUCCCUGGGCUGCCUGGGGUGAGUCAGUGGGGGCUGUCCUGGAUGGAGGGGAGUGGGGAGAAGAGUCGAGUCAUAGGGUGUGUAGGAGUCAAGGAGGGUCCCCACAAAGGGAAGGGGGGGCAGCCCCAGGCCACGGCGGCAGAGGCGGGGAGCUGGAGGGGUCAGGAAGGGGCCGGGAGGGGACCCGCCUGUUACUGGAGGAAUGAGGAAGAGACAGGGAGGGUCCCAGGUGGGUGGGGUGGGCCUAGAGGGCCAGGCUGGGAGUGGGAGGAGCAGCCUGGAAGGAUAGGGAGCCCCUGGAGGCGGGCCUGGGGCGGGGUCUUCACACCUCCACCCUCGGGAAACUUGAUCCCACUAAUCCGCUCAGCGGACCGGUCUGUCGGCCACCUCACUUGGUGUCCGCUGUACCCCGCCGGGCAGGAGCACUCCCACUAGGGUGAGAGCACGGAGGAGUGGGCCGGACCAUGAGGGGGACGCAGCUGGCGCUCCUGGCGCUGGUGCUGGCUGCCUGCGGAGAGCUCGCGCCGGCCCUGCACUGCUACGUCUGUCUGGAGCCCACAGGAGUGUCCGACUGCAACACCAUCGCCACCUGUACCAUGAAUGAAACCAUGUGCAAGACAACACUCUACUCCCGGGAGAUAGUGUACCCCUUCCAGGGGGACUCCACAGUGACCAAGUCCUGCGCCAGCAAGUGUGAGCCCUCGGAUGUGGAUGGCAUCGGCCAGACCCAGCCCGUGUCCUGCUGCAACACUGAGCUGUGCAAUGUAGAUGGGGCACCUGCUCUGAACAGCCCUCACUGCCUGGCCGGGGCCCUCACGCUUCUCCCACUCCUGAACCUCCGACUCUAGAGUCCCCCCCAACCCCCAUGGCGCUGCGCCAGCCGGCCCUGUGCGGCCCAGCCCCGAAUGCCUUGAAGAAGUGCCCCCUGCACCAGGA